AUGACCGUAGAUGAGAAGGAAACAAUGGUCGCAGCAGAAGAAUACGACUUCAUAAUAUGCGGUGGAGGAACUGCAGGCCCGGCGGUCGCAGCGCGCCUUGCUGAAGACCCGUCCCUUAGCAUCCUCCUGAUCGAAGCCGGAAAAGACAAUGUAGACCUCGAAAACACCCAGAUGGUGGGCGGCUGGUGGCUCAACUUCGACGGGCCUCAUGACUGGAACCUUCUCAGCGCACCACAUGCUUCGACCGAGUCGCGCAUCCAAAAGCUUAGUCGCGGCAAGUUCCUGGGCGGCUCCUCAGCAGUCAACGGCACACUAAUGGUGCGCGGUAUGCGACAGGACUACGAGGACUGGGAGGCCAUGGGUAAUCCAGGUUGGAAUGCUGAGGCCAUGUGGCAUUACUUCAACAAAUCCGAGACCUUCCACCCAGAACCCGGAUUCAAUACGGACUGGAGUAGCCAUGGGACGAGCGGACCGAUACAUACGAGCGUGCAUCCGAACGCGCCGAUUACCGAUGCGGUUAUGCGAAGCUUUGUACAUAAAGGAUUGCCGUUGGUGGAAGACAUGUUCGCGAGCGGGACCACUGUGAAUGGAUGCGGACACUGUACGCGCAGCGUGUGGCAAGGCGAGCGAAUGACGGGAAGCGAGUAUCUGCGCGACCGAUUCGAUCCUGAGAAGAAGUGGAAACAUGCCAAUUUGAAGGUGGUCUUCGAGCACGCGGUGGUCCGUGUACUCUUCAACGAUGACCUACGCGCGGUAGGCGUAGAGACACUGGACGAACCCGCUAAAGAGAAGAAGACGUUCCGAUGUCGAAAAGAAGUUAUUUUGAGUUUGGGAAGCUACGGCUCGCCAAAAGCGCUUCUGCUAUCCGGCAUCGGUCCCAAAGAAGAUCUAUACGAAGUCGGCGUGCAACCGCGCGUUGACCGUCCUGGCGUAGGCAGAAACCUCGAAGACCACCUCACGGUCUUCGUCUUCUACGAAGCCAAGCAAGGCACAACCGACCACCUCUUCCAAGGACCCAUGUUCGACAAAGCGCGAGAAGAGUGGCGGACGUCGCGGACUGGCACGCUCUCUCGCUCACAUUUCGGCGCCUUUGCGUUCACGCGACUUGAUGAGCGCUUGGAGACACACAGGCUUUGGAAUGAGGAGCUGAGGAAGUCCUUGAAGGCCACGGGAAGAGAUCCGAUGGGUCUCUUGCCGAAUCAGCCGCAUGUGGAGUACUUUACGACCGAGCGUUAUGCGGCUCCGAAGCAUUACGCGAAUCCGCCGCCGGCAGGAAAGAGCGCGUUUGCCAAUAUAAUCGAAUGUUUCUCGCCGCGAUCAAGAGGAUACGUCAGGCUUGCGAGUAAGGACCCAGAGGAGAAUGCCAUCAUCCACCAUAACUGGUUAUCGGAUCCCCUCGACGUCUUGGUAUAUGCCGAAGCUUGUAAGCUCGGUGCUGAGAUAAUGCUCGAAGGAAGCGGCACAAAGGAUCUCAUACGGGGCCCAUGGCCACCGGGAGACAAACAUACGGAUUUCACGACGGUGGGGCAGUGGGAAAAGUACGUGAGGGACAACGCGACGACGUGCUUCCAUCCGAGCGGCACAUGCAAGAUGGGCCCGGAUACGGACCCUGGAGCCGUUGUCGAUGCGCGGCUAAGGGUGAAGGGAGUGAGUAGCCUGAGAAUUGCGGAUUGCAGUAUCAUGCCGAAGCUGAACAACGGUCAUCCUCAAGCGGUUGCAUACGCCAUAGGGGAGAAGUGCGCCGAUAUGAUCAAGGAGGACUGGAGCUCGAUGUCGAAACGAGAGGCUAAGCUGUAA